AUGAGCGAAGUCAACGAAUCUUCCGAACCCGCGACGUGUUUCUAUUUGCCUCACCACGGGGUGAUAAAACCAGACAGUUUAACAACGAAAUUGCGUGUAGUGUUCGAUGCAUCUUGCAAAACCGAUGCAGGCCUGUCGUUGAAUGAACUACAACUUGUUGGACCCACAAUUCAAAACAAUAUUUUCUCUAUUAUACUAAGAUUCAGAAGACAUGCGUUUGUACUUACAGCUGAUAUAGAAAAAAUGUACAGACAAGUUUUGGUUCACGAAAACGACAGAAAAAUGCAAAGAAUAUUCUGGAGGGACAAUCCUAAUAGCAAAUUAAAAAUUUAUCAAUUAAAUACAGUUACAUACGGGACAGCUUCUGCGCCGUUUUUAGCCAUACGCUGUUUGGAGCAGUUAGCCAGAGAAAACAUAACUAACUAUACAAAGGAAUGCGAAAUUCUCAGAAAUGAUUUCUACGUUGACGAUUUAUUAACUGGAACUGAUAGCAUAUCCGAAUUAUUCACUAUUAAAAAUAACCUUUAUAAUCCAACUUUAAACAUCGGUGAACAAACUAUCAAAACUUUAGGUAUAUCUUGGAAUUCGGUAACGGACAGUUUUGAAUUUGACUACAAAAAUAUAAGAAUAAAUCAAAUAGUUACGGCAAGAUCUCGAGUAGCACCAUUGAAAAAUAUUACACUUCCCCGUCUCGAGCUUUGUGCGGCACAACUACUAGCAAAUCUUGCGCAAAUAACGAAACGUGCAUUAAAUAUCGCGUUUGACAAAGAAUUCUAUUGGAGCGAUUCCACUAUCACUCUUUCGUGGAUAAGAUCUCCAUCUUAUAAAUGGAAAACCUUCGUUGCCAAUAGAGUUUCUGAUAUUCAAACAAAAACCGACGCAAAUAACUGGUUACAUGUCCGAUCGGAGGACAAUCCAGCGGACCUCAUAUCACGCGGGUGCUAUACACAUGAUUUAUUGAAUUCAUCCUUGUGGUGGGCAGGCCCAUCUUGGCUACAAAAUCUAACUGAAACACAGCGACGUGCAACUGACAAUAUUUCAAUUCCUGAAACUGAUGUCGAAAGUCAAAUCACAAGUUUGACUUGUACAAAAAUUAACAAUAACGAACAUUUUUUCUUAUACUCUUCCCUUAUUAAACUCGUGCGCGUAACUGCUUUUUGUUAUCGAUUUUUACAAAAUUUAAAACUAAAGAAGAAAGAAAAAGAACUACUGUAUGGCCCACUCACGGUCGAUGAAUUCAAUAAUUCACUAAACAAGUUAAUAAAAAUAUCACAAUAUGAAAUAUUCAAACAAGACAUAGAUAUAGUCGCGCGUGGGGAAGCAUUACACAAAUCGUCGAAAUUAAAAUCAUUAACACCGUUUUUAGACAAAAAUGGAAUAUUGCGCGUCGGCGGUAGGAUAAAGAAUUCAAAUUUACCGUAUGAUAAAUGCCAUCCGAUAAUACUACCAAAAAAUCAUCAAUUGACUAUUCUAAUAACUAGGCAUGAGCAUUUAAAACUGUAUCAUUGCGGAGCACAGAUGUUAUUAAAUGCGUUGCGUAAUACUUAUUGGCCUAUCGGAGGCAGAAACCUGACAAGAUCGAUCGUGAAAAAAUGCGUAACAUGUUUUAAGGUAAAACCCACAUUUAUUAAUCCAGUAAUGGGCAAUUUGCCUAAAUAUCGCGUUACACCGCAGUCACCUUUCUUUAUAUGCGGAGUAGAUUACGGAGGUCCUAUCUUAUUAAGAGAUCGUCAAACAAGAGGAUACAAAAAAUUUAAGGCUUACAUAUGUUUGUUCGUGUGCCUUGUUACAAAAGCAAUACAUAUCGAAUUAGUAUCUGAUUUAACUACGAAUAGUUUUUUAGCCACUUUUAAACGAUUUAUGGCGCGACGCGGAAAACCUCGCGAAAUCUAUUCCGAUAAUGGAACAAAUUUUAUAGGCGCAGCAUCAGGAUUAAAGGAGCUUUAUAAAUUUUUGCAAACAAAAUCAAAUCAAAAUAAGAUUGUUAAUGAUAUGACCAACGAAGGCGUGUCAUGGAAGCACAUUCCACCAAACUCUCCUCAUUUUGGAGGAAUUUGGGAGGCGGGCAUAAAGUCGUGUAAGGCUCAUUUAAAGCGAGUAUUGGGUAAUGCUAUUUUAACUUUUGAAGAUUUUUAUACGGUUUUGACACAGAUCGAAGCAAUAUUAAACUCGAGACCAAUCUCUCCCUUAAGCUCCGAUCCCAAUGACUAUGAUCCCUUAACUCCUGGUCACUUUCUUAUUGGAAAAUCCUUAACAUCUACUCCCGAUCCAUCAGUGCUUGAAACCCUUGAUAACAGGCUUUCUCGGUAUCAACGACUACAGAAACUUGUGCAACAUUUUUGGAAGCGUUGGCACAAAGAAUACGUAUCGGAGCUGCAGGCAAGAACAAAAUGGCAAGUUCAACCAUCGCAACCAGCUGAGGUAGGCGAUAUGGUAGUGGUCAGAGAAGACAAUUUACCUCCACUACACUGGCGAUUGGGGCGUAUUCUUGACACACAUCCAGGAGAUGAUGGACUUGUGCGUGUUGUGACAAUCAAGACACAAAAUGGUGUACUCAAACGUGCAAUUAAUCGAUCUGCAUGUAAUAGUUUUGCAGAAGGAACAUAUAUGAAGACAAUGGUUAUUUUACGUCCUCUAUUGAACACAUUUAUAGCAGUAAUUUCAGAGUGUUUUACAGAUAGUAACGGUAGUUCUUCAUGUCUGAUACAAGCUUUUAUGAAUAUUGCUGUACCACCCCAUCCUGUAGUUGUUCAUGUAUAA